CGCGUCCACCUCCGCACAUCCAACUAAACACCACUUCUGGAGACCAUGGAAUCUUAAACCGUCUACCUCUCACAACCACUCGAGCUGCAUUUGAAGGAUGAAGAGCUCCAAGAGCCGUCGACCUCAGGCCUGCCCACCCCGACCAUGACCACCACCGCCUACACGGUCGGACAGAAAGUCGAACUCAACGACGGCCGAACAGCAACCAUCCGCUUUGCAGGCACCACCUCCUUCCAAGUCGGCGAGUGGAUUGGCGUCGAGCUCGAGGAGCCCACCGGGAAGAACGAUGGCUCCGUCAAGGGGGAGCGCUACUUUCAAUGUCGCCCAAACUACGGCAUGUUCUUGCGGCCAACGGGGGUGAAGCGGGUGGUGGAAGAUGCGAAGCCAAAGGCAAGCGGCAAGACGGUGGGAAAUGGCGUGGCCGGCAAGCCUAGACCUGGUGUCAAUGGUGUGAAGAGGCAGAGUGUGGUUGGAACACCAUCGGCUACUCCAACGCCCGCUACGAGGCCGGGAUUGAGUGGCAUGCGAUCGCCAGUCAAGUCUCCCUCCAAGCAAGCUGGCAGCAAUGGGAUCUCGAGUACAUCUACUUCGAGGACGAGUACGCCACCGAUUUCUAAGAGACCUUCUACAACAACUGCAGCCGCCACAAAAUCCAGGCCGAGCUUGGCGGCUUCCACUUCAGCCGCUGCCCGCCCAACAGCAAGACCUCCCGCAGCGCCAUCCACCAAUGCAGCCUCGAGACCGUCAUUGGCGCCUCCGUCAGCUGCUGUGAGGCUGGCUGCUUCUCGGAAUGGUCUGGCAGCAGCAUCAUCGGCCCGGCCUUCUUCGAUAGUCACCCGAGACAAACAGCGUCUCAGCUCCACCACAGAAGAGGCGACAAGCGAGGGGGAAAGUGAGCAGCCUGACGUUUUGUCGCCAAAGGAAAGCGAGAAGUCAUCAGAGAUCAGCCACUCCAAGAGCAAUGGCGCCGCCGAGGAGGAGAAGGAUGAAGACAACACCGUUACGCCCGUGUUCGCUCCAGCGGCACCACCCCCUCCUGCACCCGCUGAUACCACGCCAGCGUCACCGACGUUUUCGAGACCGCGAAGACCCUCCUCACCCGCCGCUGCAUCGGUGCAUUCUCAGCGCACCAUUCGCAGCACCACCGUGUCAAGUCGGCAGAUUGAAGAGCUGGAGGCCAAGAUUAGACUGUUGGAGCGCAAGCGCAUAGAGGACCGAGAUGUGAAGAAGAACCUCGAGCAAGCACGACAAGAGCGCGAUCAGUAUAAAGGCAUCAUCGAGAAGCUGCAGACCAAAUAUCGCCCACAACAGCAGGAGAUCGCCGAGCUGAAGCGGGCGCUGAGCGAGGCUGAGAAGAAGGUCACCGAUCUGGAGACGACGCAAGCGGAACACGAUGGCGUGGUGGAGAUGACGACGCUGGAUCGUGAAAUGGCCGAGGAGGCUGCCGAAGGGUUGAAGGCGGAGCUGGAUGCGCUGAGGGCGCAGCACGAGGAGGUGCAGCUGGAGCUGGACAUUCUCAAGGAGGAGAAUCAUGACCUUACGAAAGAGAUGAACCCCGAAGAGCGUGAGAGUGCCGGAUGGGUGCAGUUGCAGCACAGCAACGACCGACUGCGGAUUGCGCUGCUCGCAUUGCGAGAUCGAUCUUUAGACGAAAAGGAGGAGAUGAAGUCGCACAUCCAAGGUCUGGAGGACCAGCUCAAGGACCUUGAGCCUCUCAAGAACACCAACGAAGAGACACGCGAGAAAUUGCUCCGCAGCGAGGCAGAUACGGAAGAUCUGCGCCAGCAAUUGGAAGCUGCUCUGCAAGCCGAAGAAAUGAUCGAGGAGCUCACCGAACGCAAUGGAAGACUGGAGUCGACGGUGGGCGACAUGCGCAUUGCCAUUGAAGAUCUUGAGAAUCUGAAAGAACUCAACGACGAGCUUGAGAUCAAUCACAUGGAGGCAGAAAAGCAGAUGCAGGAGGAGAUUGACUUCAAGGACUCCCUCCUGCUUGACCGCGAGCACACGGCGAAACUUCUGCAGGAAGCCCUCGACGGCAAAGACGACACCAUCCGCCAAUUCCGUAAUCUCGUUGGCAACAUGCAGGCCGAUCUGGCAGAUAUGAAGGCGAGCAAGCAAAUCACCGAGACGGAAGCGAAGGAUCUGGAGGAUAAGAGCCGCGCAAUGCUCGACCUGAAUUUGAGGCUGCAGACCAGUGCGGCCAAGACACAAGUCAAGGCCAUCGAUCUCGAGCUGCGGAAGCUGGAGGCCCAAGAAGCGAGCGAGCAUCUGGCCAUCGUGCAAUUGUUCUUGCCCGAAGCCUUCCACGCCGAGAGGAACAGCGUGCUUGCUUUGCUGCGAUUCAAGCGGAUCGCUUUCAAGUCAAAUCUCGUCCACGGCUUCAUGAAGGAGCGUGUGGCAUCUUUCGGCACCAGAGGGACAGAUGAGGACGUAUUUGCCGCGUGCGACGUGUUGGCCAAGCUGACUUGGAUCGCCGCGAUGGCUGAUCGCUUCGUCAAUGCCGUUUGCAGCUGCUCUCCCGCCGAGUUUGCCGGCUUUGAGUCGUCGCUUCACGAAACGGAGCCUGUGGAGCGUGCCCUCAACGGCUACGUGGAUGCGCUCCGGCGAGACGAGAUGAAGGAGCGUGACAUGGCCGAGGAGCUGCAAAGGAGCAUUGCCGUCAUGCUGCACCUUGCUUCAUUACACAUCAAGGACGACUUGGCAAGCCACGCUGAUGCUGUGCUCAUGCGACUGCUCGUCUUGCAGUCGCAGCUGGAGAGUGCUGCCACCGCACUACAGACGAGCAAGGUGUUGAUCGAAACGAAUGUCCCUCGAAAUACGGAAGAGGAAGACGACGACGAAGGCAGUGUAUCAGAUCUCACCAUCAUUCUCAGCCGGGCGGAUACUUUGAUCAACCACGCACGAAGCGCAAAAGUGGCUAUGGGCAAGGCUCAUCGUGCUUUGGCAGACCUCCAAGCCAGAUCCCUUACCCUCGAAGCCAGCACUACCGACGGUUUUGAAAAAGCGGAAACGCUAGUGUCGAAUGCCGCGGCCUAUACCAGGCGUGUUGGUGCAGCUCUGCAGGCUUGCUUCGGAGAAGCGGGUCGCAUCGAACCAUUCACCGCUGCCGAGGUCGCUGGUGUGUUCUCUUCGACGGCGACAGCAGUCUUCUCCCUCGAUACCCCUGAAGCCGGGCCCUUCAACGAACUAGCCAAGCGUAUGCGCCAGCUCGUCGAAAUCCUCGCAGACCUCGCCGCCCUACCCAACGAUCUCGACAACACCAUCGAGUUCGAGAGAGCACCACCCCCGUGGGUCGCGCGCGCCAACGAGCUGAAGCAAACCAAGAUCACCUCCAUCGACACCGAGGCCGAGCUAGCCAGUACUCUCGCCGCCCUUCGCAGCAAAGACACAGAAGUAAAGGAGAAGGAGACCGAGCUCGAAGAACAAAGCGUGCGCAUCGAAAUGCUAGAAGCGAGGAUGAAAGACGCGGCCAAACGCUCGGCGCGCAUCGCCGAGCUGGAAAAGGCGCUGCACGAAGCGCGCGACGCCGAGCGCAAAGCACGACAGGAGACGCAGCGCGCGAAAGACGAACAAGAGCGGGAAAUGGACCGCGCGAGGGAAGAAAUGGGCCGGCUCGGCGAGGAGCGGAGGAAGGGCCUGCGCGGCCUCGGCGGCGACGCGCUCGACGACGCCGCCAUGGGCGCCGGCACGCGCAUGACGGUGCAGCGGCAAGAGCACAAGCUGCGCGCACUCGAAGGCGCCGUGCGCCAUCUCGGCAGCGAGAAUCAUCGUCUCCGUCUCCCGCCCGUCGACUCCCCGCUCUCGUCGCGAGCCACGCUCGCCUGGCUGCACGAGCCGCUUACGAAACCCGCGCCAGAGCGGCGGAGGCAAGCGGAGAAGGUGCGACAGGAGGGCAGGGAUGUGAUGCGGCAGCUGUUGGAUUUCGCGGCUUUGUCGCCUAUGGUGGUCGAGUUGAAGGAUGCGGGGGAGAAUCGGCUUGCGUGGAGGCCGGCGAGGGAGAGUGGGAGGUGGAAGGUGGAGAGGCGGAAGGAGGAGUGGGAGGUGUGGAAGGAUUGGAGGCGGGAUGUGGUGAGGUUGGGUGGGAGGGCGAAGGGAUGAGGGCGGUUGUGAGUGAUGGAGAGGAAGAAGGAGGUUGGUUAAAUGUCGCUCCGCUGUGUAGCGCAAGAUACCCUUUCAAGAUUUCAAGCAUGUUGCAUUGCGCAACAACACGAUUCAU